GCAGUAAUUCACCAAUAUGUCAAAUAUUUCUAUGCAUCUUGUAUGCUGUCUCAUUGUCCAUUGUUUAUGUGUUCAAGUUUACACAGAUAUCGAGUAUGCUUCAAAAAGUACUACCAAACUACCUGUUGCCUACAGAACCUUGUGAAGUUUCAUAUUAUCCAAACACUUAUGGUUCUUCUGCCGUAUGGUUCGUUGUGAAAUUUCAUACAAAUUCUUUGCGUAAGUCAAUGGAAUAUGCCAAGUGUACUGUGGAACAAACGAAAGUCAAUCUGGAGAAUGUCAUCAAAAAUGCUGAAAAACAUGGCCACUUACUGGAUUCUUUUGAAAGUGAGCACCUGAUAUAUAAACACAUUUUAUCUGAUGUACGUUCGUCAUGCAUUUCAUGGACAUAAUGAUUAGAUAACUUAAUGCUAAGAUAUUGUAGCAUUCAGUUUUCUCAACAUUUCAAGGAUAUUCAUUUAUUUCCAGUUUCAGAAGUAAUACUUGGUAAGCUGCAUGAUUUCUUUUCUCGCAUAAAAUUUUCACUUGUAAGAUGAAUGUGAAAGAAAAAGUAUGGAUGUAACCGUGAUAGAGUAGGAUUAAAGAAAAUGAAAUUUAGUGAUUUCGUUUGAUCUGAUUCUUCAGUGUACAAUUUUUACAGUGCAACGAAAACGAUAUCACAUUUUCAGUGUAUAACUGUUCUUAGUUAACUUUUAUCAACGAACAUAUGACUGUUUGUACUUAUAUAUUUAGGAAUCAUUUUAACUAAAGUCUUCCUUUAUUUCAGAAUGUGAAAGUGGUAAGCUUACAUGAUUUGUAAAGCCAUAAAUUUUUAAAAGCUUCCAGCGUUUGGUCAGGAUGAUGCCGGCAUCGAGCAUGUUUACUGUCACUGAACAUUUUUCUAUGCUCCCAUUAAUAUCACUUUGCUAACGACUGAAACUUCAUUUAUUCGAAGCUGUAGUAAGUAUUAACAUAUCCGAAUGAACUUGGCAUUCGGUACAACUGUACACUGAUUCAUUUUUUCCCAACUACUUGAAAACAUGAAAAGGAAAAGCCAAAAGGGUUUAACACACCCAUUAUUCAGAAGUUUUUCCCAUUUUUCCACUAUACACAAACCUGGUUUAAUUAUCUAAACAAGCAAAAUGUAUUACUGAUAUUGACAGCACUCAUGAACCAUUGGAACAAACAUAAUAAAUACAAGUAGUUCGAUCAGCUGUAACACGUUACAUAGUACUAUUACUUCGACGCCUUGAAGUAGAAUAAAUAACAGAUGGAUCUGCAUAACCGCGAUCAAUCUUAAAAAACACUACCAAACAUUCAUAUCCACUGAGUUCUGCUAUCUAAAAGACCUAAGAAAGUCAAACUAUCAUUUUACUAUACCAUGGUUUAAACAAGCUGUUGCAGAUCUUAUGUGUAUUUGGUGCCUCAAUCAGCCUAUCAGCCUAAUACUUGUUUCACCAUCUAUUUAAUUCAAUAAGGAAAGCGUUUCAGUUUAUACGAUAUCAUAUGUGUAACUCAUAACUGAGCCACCCAUCUACGAGGAAACUUGCAGUGUUACCAUUUGGUUAUUCUGUCGUAUUGGAAAGUGUAAGCAUAACCUCCACAAACCUUUCUCACACGUUCUUCUGUAUGUGUUUAAUUAACACCUGUUGGUCCUCUGCGCUGUCACAUUAAGAGAGUCAUAUCCUAUAUCUGCAGAGUCAAUAUAGUUCUAUUCCGGUGCUUCAGGCUCAUGCUGUGCAUUUGGGAGCGAUCAGACUAUAGUCGGAUACUAUGAGAAUGUCAAGAAACUCAGAGUCAGAAAACAGUCUUCAGCGUUGGGGCUACGUCGAAGCAUACAAUCUUGACCGAAUAUUUUCAUUCUAAGUGACCAGCUGUUGACAGCUGUCACAAUGUAACGGCUGUAUGAAGAAAGGAAUUCUCUCCUUGAGACACAGCUCUUUAACUCUCGUUUCACUAAGUGACUAUCACAAGAUAUUCUGAGUGAUGGAGUCGAAUGUCUGUUUCAGCAUCAGCCCAUGACAUGACCUAACCUAAUGCAUGCCAAAUCAUGGCAAUGCAUUCAAGGUGUAUGAAUAUGUUAAUAAUACGACCUACAUUAAAAGUUGUGAUUGCUGUUGAACCACAGGACUUCUGAAGGCUUUUUUCCUUCAGAAACACCUGCGUCCAGUUCUACAGUCUCACAGUCAGUUAUUGUUAAGUGAACUUUUUCUCUGAAAGUGAAUUGUAACUGCUCAGAAGCUGAAGGUAAACACGUUAUACGGAAACAAUGUCAAGCGUGAACCAGAAGAGUGAAGGAAGCUUCGAAGCUGUUUGAAUAAUAUACGGUCUUUCAAGUAAAAGAAAUAAAUGUAGUAUUUCCGUAUUCUUUUCCAGCAACAUCAACAAAAAGUAAGUCUUUUGUGAUUGCAACUAAGGUCUUCAAGUUGUGCACAGCACCUCAUUGUUCGAAAGUCAUAAGGUUAUCAUCCACCUAAUCUAGUUUCUGAGAAGCAUGAACCAUUCGGUCACACGGCACACCUAGAACUCUAUCAUGUGACAUUUAAGAUGAAUCUUAAUUGAAUGAUGCUGCGGUUUACUGGUUUGCAUUGGUUUAGAGCUAAUAGUAGUGUGAAUGGGCUAGAAAAUGAUUUUCAGGUCUCAUUGCACUGUGUGCUGCAGUAAUGUCGAUUUUUAGUGGAAAGUAUUUUUUGAUGCUGCAAAAGCUUGAUACUGAACGCUACAUCUGAAACUGAUGUUAGGAAUCUGAUAUUUUAGCAGACAAGUGGCAUUUCCGAAGCUCUUUCAGUCAAUGUACAUACCUGUAGUUUUAGCCCAUCAACUGCUAGGUUUCUGACAACCACACUCUUAGUCAAUUCCAUCUUUCCCACUCUGCGUAUAUUUUAUGGCUUUGGAUUGUGACGUUGUACUCAUUAUUCUGCAUCAGAAAUGCAACAAUGAACAAAACGUUUUUGACCUAGAAGUGAUGAAAUUUUGUUAGUUUCAUUGAGUUUUUCAUUUGCCUAUGUAUUCACUUGAGUGCUCGAUUUUUAGGCGUAAGAAUAAAUAAACUACGGAGAAACCUACGUUUGCAAAUUAUAAAUACUUGGAUUAACUAUUACUAUACUGUCACUGUUUGAUGGGAAAAUAAUCAGGAAUGUACCAGUCUGAAUAAAUAUGCAAGUAAAAUUCUGAAUGUAUAGUGAUGGUAAAAUAUCAUGGUGAUUUUCACUCAAUUACAACUUUGAAGUCCGCUGUCGCAAUCAUUAUUGGCGAUGGACCACUAGUAUGAAAAAACUCCACAACUGCUCUAUAUGACUUGUGUUUUGUGGUGUACCUAUCGUUAGUAUAAAACUAGUCUGCUAUUAUCUCUGUUCUGCAAUCUGUUCUCCCCUGAAAUAUGGGACUCAAAGAGUAGAAGUAACAGUUGUUGUAUGCGUAAAAUGAAAUUCGUUGACUUUAUGAAAAAAUUUUUUUGCGAAAGAAUUGUCAUUAAAAGUGGUGGCUGAAGUGAACACACGAGUAGCUCAUAUGAGGACGCCUAGACUAAAUGUUUCAAAUAUCGUUGUGCGCUGGUCGUUUAUUCGUGUUUCGAAGCGUCUGUUACCUGAAGGUGUCUGUGUUGGAGUAUGAAAUGUGAUGUGUUCAUUCCAGAUUGGUUCAGAUAUCUACACUUAGCAGUUCUGGUGUAGGAUAUUUGCAACGUUUUUAAAUCCGACUGAAAAUUUUUUUCUACACAUUGGUUUACAGUAUGCGGACAACUUAUUCGUAAGUCAGCUUGCCUACCUUACAUAAGUUCUCAUCACUUCUUACCAAUGACAGACGACACUGUUAUUCUAACACUGACUUCAUAAAGAAGGUAGCAUGAAUCGGGGCUCAGACUACCUAUGCUUUAACGUACACUGUAGGAAAUGCAGCGCGGGUGGAAUUAUCGAAGUCAUGGGACACGAGAAUAACCACCUGCAUUUCACAUUCAGACUAUCCGCAGCGAAAAUAUGCAGACAAGAAUCAUAAAGUUGUCAGAGGUGAAAUGACAGGCCCUUGUCGAGAUAUGUGCUCCAAAGGUGUUUGUGUCUGAAGAUACCAUUAUGUGUAUACCAUUGUGUGCAUUAGUGUGUGUCGUUGAGAAUCAUAAAUCGGCUAAUAAAGGUUCUGAUACACAAAUUAUGGCGAAGGUAACAAUAAAGAGUUAGAGAUAGAAUUGUCGGAGUUCUAAAUAGAAGCAGUGACCUGUAGAACCAAUUAAUUAAGGCAUUCGGACGAUUACUUCCUGGUGAUGACAGUGGAUGGCGAUCACAGUCAAUCGCUACUUAACUGGAAUGGAGAAAUGAGAACGAAUGGACUCCAAACCAGUGUCUGAAUUUGAAUUUUUUCAUAGCAGGAACCUAAUGUUCUCUGACUCGAUAUCAAACAGUGUUGGAAGCUGAUUUGUAUUCAACUAAUCCCAAACAAGCACUGACUGACUCAAUAAAUAUCAUAAUUCGUAUCACGUCUGUCUGAUUCUACCCGAAUUUAUUGACAGCUGCACAUAUAACUAAUAGAAUAUUUUAUCUUAAAAAUGCAUUCCACUCAUCUUAAUGAAUGUCGAAAUGAAUGCUUUUCAUUGCAUUAUCAAGGCCUAGUGUUUAUCUCCACGUAGUCAUGUAUUUUUACAACAAGGCGGUUUCUGAAGUUUCAGGGCACAAAAACUGCGUUAGACCAUUUCUCAUUUGACUUCCUGGAAAUUAGUGCGACAAAGUGAUGCGUUACUGCCCUCUACGAACUCUUUAAAUAAGCAUCUACCUCAUGCAUAUUACCACCCAGUCGCAUAUAGCUGCUUUAAAGAGGAAUAUCUUUUCUUUUAAAAAAGGUCGUAAUCAAAAUUUGGAAAGCAGCGUCUGAGUGAACCCUCCACUGUGGUGUUAUGAAUUCUGAGUAGUUAAUUCAUAAACUAUCUUAUGUUUCUCACUUAAUCUCUGUGUCCGUAUGUUUGAAAAUCUAUUGUACCAUGAGACACGAUCAGGUUAUCAGAAUUAUGAAAAGCACAGGAAUUUCGGUUCCAUCUUGACUGUUUAGACUUUUGUUGAGGCUCCCUUGAUUCAUAUAUUUGCUUACACAACUUAUCUCUAUGCGAAUCCUGGCAAACACACAUCGAGUAUUAUCGAAGAGUGCUGUUCCGGUGCAAUACGACCCAACUUAUUGAACCGAAACACUGUCCUUUCUAUUAUGAAUGUCACAAUGUUUCAGCUUCACAUCAAGUCACUAUUCCUCAUUGCCAUGUGUUGCCUGUUGUUUUUGUAAUCAAUUACUUGAUUGUACGCCAUCAUUAUCUAUGUUAAUUGAUCUGAAAGCACACUUGUGGUUUCUAAGUGAAAAUAUUGUGAUGGUUGCAGAGUUGGAAAUUUGUUGGAAGACAUGCUGAAAAGUAUGAGACUUGACGACAGCUAUUCAGUGGUCAUCCAUUAGCACUUGAUCCUGAAAAGUCAACAAAUGUUUACCAGUAAAAUACUUUAUAUUACUUGAUGCAUUAAAAUUGUAGUCAAACGACUGAAGUAUGCGCUCUGUAAUAGCAGGUGUGCAUUUAAUUAGUAAUCUUAUAUGUGCCAGUCGUCAAAUGCAAUUUCAGAGUAGCAAACGCUGACCAUACGUGGUACUUUUCAUCUCUGAGUAUUAAUAUCUCUUAUGGUAUUUCGUAGUUGUGAGAAGCUUCGUCUAAAACAUGCAUUUCAUCCGAUUUUGACUCAUCUACAAUUAUGUCUAGAAGCUGUCAAAAAGCUUAAGUUGAUUAGUUUUGACUUCAUUCCAAUCUAUCAAAUGGUGGAAACAACGUAUGUAAAAUAAUUGACUGGUUUGAAAUUUGCACUACAACUCAAGUGUACAUUCCUAUGUUAGUAGUUUCAAAUUGAUUAGCGUUAUUCAUCCACUUUCAAAGUUUCACUUUCGACCAACCUCAUGAUCUAAUUAGGCAAUAACCGACUCUUAUUCUUAUUAAACUGAAACACAACAUCUACUUAUUUGUUCCAUUUUAUUAUUUCAGUAAAAACACCAGAUGGUAAGUAGUAAUAAAUCAGUAUGUAGAAAAUAUAAUUAUUUGAGACUAGAAGAAAUUGCUUAUUCAAAGAUUCGAAUCCUAUUAGAAUAAAUUCGACCACUGUUAUAAUGUUAAUAAACUGUUAGGUACUCUAUAUGAAUCUCAACAUCAAAGGUGAUUCUGCCACUGACACUAAAAAGGAGGAUAUCAAACGCUCUAAAGAGAACAUUCUUUACAUCAACGCUAAGACUAGUAUCCUCUUGUCGCCCAACGAUUUAUAACAACUCAAAGGAGAAACUUUCGCAUCUGAUCCUUUCUAUGUGCACAUAUUAAUUCACUCACUCUUAUGGAGCCAGGUAUAUAAGCCAUUCGACACAACUGUUAUCCAAAAGGUUUCAAGAACAUUAUCCUACGUGGUGACAAAGAGGUAACAGUGGAGCGAUAAGGAGUGUUAUAAUUGAACAUAUCGUGAACACAAAUCACACUAUCUCAAAAACCUCCUCCUUUAAAGUCAUUUAUAAAGUGAAAAGAAACCUCCCAAAGGAUGUAUAUCUUCGUAAUCUCUGCAUCGGCGAAGCUCUUGCCAUCCAAAUAGAGAAGCCUGAACUGUGUACACAAAAGAAGAUUGUUCAACCCCUUCUCUACCCCCGCCCCCCCACACUUUUUUCUUCUCAUCUUUCUGUUUCGACACCAUUCAUUUCCUAAGAAUGUGCUACUCAUUCUUGUUGCUAUGUUCUGCCUGAUCACAAUCCAGUUACCAAACUUCAUGUUCAAGCUUAUUUUGAUUAAUACUCACUACUCAUCAGUUUUUUAUUUUAAUCUUGAUGAUAACUCAUUUAUUGACACUAUUUGUGUUGUCAUGCUUGACAAACCGUUUUUAACUAUCAAGUCCUUAGACUAGAAAAAAAGUAUAAACUUGCGACUGUACAGCUUUGGAAAUGAAAUCACCGAAAAGGGACUCUUCACUGAAAUACUUGUUCUUCCAUCAAAUCAUUAUGGGUAUAUUUCACACAAACUAUUAGAUGACGAUGCUCACCAUCUAAUUGACAAUUAUUAGCAGAGGUCAUAUCAAUAAAUGUCACCUGUCAAGUGGUUGGUCACUGGUAAUCUUUGGGAAUUUCGAAAUCGGUCAGGAUAAACACAAUAUCUCACAGUCAUCACUACGGUAUAUGAGAAUGUGGAAGAUAAUAAAUUCACUUUAUGCGGGUGAUGCACAUAUCGUUUAACACAUCAGCUGUUGUCUGUGAAUAAGUGGAGAAAACUUUGGACUGAACCUUGGAAUGGAAAACACUUUAUGCAGUCCAACGGUAUCAUUUAAGAUUACAUCAACGUGAUAAGUUUGUUGUCUCUUUAAAAAGUGGAAUAAGUUACUACAUGAGUUGUGAAUAUCUACUGUUGAUGAGCGAACGUACGACAUCAAAGCAGUGUAUUAAGAUGAAUGUUUUGCAUUAUUUUUCAUUCUACAGUGUUUAAGUUUAUAUUUUUUGGUAGGUUAUCUGUUCUACAUUUUCGAAAUAUCUUUUCUACGAUUGCAGAAUAAAGUUCAUAUCCUCGUUUGUAUGUUUCUCAAUUUGUAAAACAGAUCUCACUAUAAAUUUGUGCAAAUAUGAGUCAUAAAUGAACUCACCUGCAGGCGGUUUAUGGUCGUGAUGAAAAUUUCACUUUGAAAUUACACCAUAUUUAUCUUCGAUACUUCCUUGAUAUUUGGUAGACAAAAAGUUUAUUCCGUUCUAAUUUCAAUUAAAGACAACCAGGUUUUGAUAUGCUGAUGUUUUGUUUCCUGGUUGUCUUCUUAUUGACAGUUUCCUGUUCUUUUGUAUCAAAGUGUAAAAUACAUAAAAAAUAAACUGUAUCUGCACAUAUUAGUGAGUGGCAUUGUGAAGAUACUUGUUUCUGAACUGGAAAGUUCAACAUGGCGCGUGCUUUUUCACCCGAACGUGUUGUGUAUAAGUAGGAAUUAGAAGUAUGUGGAAUGCAACAAACGUGAUAAAUUCGGUCACUUGACCUCUGUUCACACCUCACAGACUAGUGGAUUUUGCUGAUCACCAUUUCCAACUUAUUGAAUGCAUGAGUAUAUACUGUGAUUAACUUCUCAGCUUUGGCUGAUGAUGACCAGUCCCAUGUACCGGACAGGAUACAUAAAUAAAUUGAGGUACCUACUUAU